UACUUUAUUACAACAUUACAAACUACUUUGGUAAAAAUCCGGUCCUGUUCACUAACUUCAAUAUUUGAAGUUACUAGACAACAAUAAUGUCUCCUUUACAACAAAACUUUAAGAAUUUAAUAAUCGCUAGUGCUAAGUUUAAAUUAAUAUACUAUAACUUCACAACAGCAAAUGAAACUACAGUGAAUGUAGACGGCCAAAAAAUAAAUUAUCUUAAAGCUGGAUCAGGUGAUAGAACUUUGUUAUGUUUUCCUGGUGCUUUGGGAACUAUUUGGAGUGAUUUUAAGCCUCAAAUUGAAAAUCUUGAUAAGAAUAAAUUUACGAUCAUAGCAUGGGAUCCACCAGGUUAUGGUGGCAGUCGUCCAUCAAAAGGAUUAUUCAAAAGUGAUUUCUAUCAUAAAAAUGCUGAUGUAGCUCAUGACUUUCUCAAGCACAUUGGUGUGCAAAAAGUUUCUCUGCUUGGAUGGAGUGAUGGAGGCAUAUCAAGCAUGAUUUUGUCAGCCAAAUAUUCAGAAAUUGUGGAUAAAUUAGUCAUAUGGGGAUCAAAGUCUUAUAUUUUACCUGAAGAAAUUAAAUCCUAUGAAAAAUUACGAGAUUUAAGUAAAUGGUCAGAUAAAAUGAAGGCACCACUUAUUAAACUCUACACUGAAGAAGGUUUAAAAGAACUUUGGAGUGGUUGGUAUAAUGCGGUCAAGGAAAUUUAUCAGAAAGGCGGUGACAUUUGUAAAUCAGACUUAACUAAUAUAAAGUGCCCAACUUUUAUACUGCAUGGUGACAAAGAUCCUAUGUUGGCACCUGAACAUCCAAAUUACUUAUUAAAUAACAUUAAAAAAUCGAAAAUACACAGAUUCCCUGAAGGAAAGCACAAUAUUCACCUACGUUACGCUGAUGAAUUUAAUAAAAUUAUAUCAGAUUUUCUUUUACAAGAUUAAAUUCAAUGAAAAACUUAAAUAUGUCAACAAGUAUUUAAUAUAUUAGGUGUUGUUCCGUUGCAUGUC